CAGUCAGGGCAGGACAGCCAAACAGCGUUUACCUGGAACUACUGAGAUUCUGGACAUCAUGCUCUGGCCCACCAAGAAGGACCUCAAGACUGCCAUGGAGGUCUUUGCUCUUUUCCAGUGGGCCCUCAGUGCCUUUGUUAUAGCCACCACUGUGAUCCUUGUCAAUCUCUACUUGGUGGUGUUCACGUCGUACUGGCCUGUCACUGUGUUGAUGCUCACCUGGUUGGCUUUUGACUGGAAGACCCCUGAGAGAGGUGGCCGCCGGUUCACCUGUGUGAGGAGGUGGUGUCUGUGGAAACACUACAGCAAUUACUUCCCACUCAAGAUUGUGAAGACGAAAGAUAUUUCACCCAACCACAACUACAUCCUUGCCUGCCAUCCUCACGGGCUCAUGGCCCAUUCAUGUUUUGGUCACUUUGCCACUGAGACAACAGACUUUUCCAAGACCUUUCCUGGUAUCACUCCUUAUAUGCUCACACUAGGAGCCUUUUUCUGGGUGCCUUUCCUCAGAGAGUAUGUAAUGUCUACAGGGUCCUGCUCUGUGAGUCAAUCUUCCAUGGACUUUCUGCUUACCCAGAAGGGCACAGGCAACAUGCUUGUUGUCGUAGUUGGUGGCCUGGCUGAGUGUAAAUACAGCAUGCCGGGCUCUACCACCCUGUUCCUGAAGAAUCGGCAAGGCUUUGUGCGCAUAGCCCUUCGACAUGGGGUGUCUCUAAUCCCUGCUUAUGCCUUUGGAGAGGCAGACCUCUACAAACAGCACAUUUUCACUCCUGGGAGCCUUAUCAAUCGCUUCCAGAAGUGGUUCCAGAAGAUGGUACACAUCUACCCCUGUGCUUUCUAUGGGCGUGGCUUCACCAAGAACUCCUGGGGCCUUCUGCCCUAUUCUCAGCCAGUAACCACUAUUGUCGGGGAACCUCUACCAUUGCCCAAGAUUGAGAAUCCAAGCAAGGAGACUGUGACCAAAUACCACACACUCUAUAUUGAUGCCCUACGCAAAUUGUUUGAUCAGCAUAAGACCAAGUUUGGCAUCUCAGAGACCCAGGAGCUGGUGAUAAUUUGAAAGGCAUUCCCUUGACUGGAGGCAUGGAGCCCAUGACAACAGGCCAAAGUGAACUACGGAGCUUCACUUCUGACUUGACCAGUCCUCACUGGAGGGAGGUGGUGGUGUGUGUCCAUGUGGUUGUUUCUGUGCCCAUCCUUUUCCACCUCCAUCUCUUAGUCUUAGUAUUUGUCCUUUCCCCAGGAGACAGAGAAGACCCUAGGCAGAGGUCCACUCAAGUCACUGGAGGUUCAUGAAAGCAUUAGCAGCAAGGAAACCUGUGGGUAGAAUA